UAAAAAUCGACGCCUGACGACGCCCUGCGUCGCCUCACAUCGGUACCGAUUUCAAUCAACUCAGCUGUUCGUCAUCAUACGUUGACAAAAAAUUUUAGUAAAUUUAUUCUGAAUGGUGGAAGAUUUUAGAGGAAAGAUAAUGGAAGGAUUUUUACGAGUUGAUCCAACAGCGACCACCCUACCAGGUUCACCUACAAAUUCAUUUUUAACGGAUGAAGUUGCUUCUACUUGUCCUUUAUUAACACCUUCUCCACCCACAAAUGAUCUAAUCAAUCCUUUACCGGAAACCGAUCAACCAUCAUUCGUUAUUGGCGAAGAAUUAGCUAAUAAAUUACAACAUGUUAAAGAUGAUGAUAAAGCUGCCGAUUCCGUAUCAUCAAGUUCCUCAGCUUUAGCUGAACCAGCAUGUACAACACUAUUGAAUCAUAAACAUAACAAUUAUCACCAUAUCACUAAAGAUGAAAAUAGUGCUUGUGAAGAAACAAUUGGUAAAGUCCAACCCCUUCAAUUAACAUUUAAAAAACCACCACAAGAUUAUUUUUUUAUGACCUGGAAUUGGCCAUUAAUUCGUAAAAUUUCUUUAUGGCUUUUUCUUUCGGGUUUAGUCGCAAUGUUGGGUUUAGUUAUAGCAAUGAUUUCAUCACUACCAAAAACUUGUAACCCACAAACCGAGUGGUACCAAGGAAGCGUUUUUUACGAAAUAUUUCCGGCGAGUUUUAAAGAUUCCGACGGCGAUGGAAUCGGUGAUUUUAAAGGGAUCUCCUUGAAAGCGAGUUACUUAAAACAGUUGAAUGUACGAGCCGUUCGUUUAAAUUCAAUUUUUAAAAGCGAAAAUUAUCCGGAAGAUUACAAAAACUCGUCGAGCUUAAUCGAAUUAGCCCCCGAAUUAGGAACGUUACAAGAUUUUAAAUUAUUAGCGAUCUCUUUACGUUUAAACAACAUUUCUUUAAUACUCGAUUUACCACUUUGGCCUCACGUAAAAAAGCUGCAAUCAUUUCCUGAAGAAAUACAACCAGCGAACGAAACAGAUCAUAACGGACCUUCCAUCGAAUUUUUAAAAAGCGAAAACUUAAUUUUAUCGAAUCAAAACGACGAAAUCACUCAAGCGAUUAUUUAUUGGAUUCGCCAAGGUGUUGAUGGGUUUUAUUUAAAAGAUUUAGAACGUUACGUUCAUGAUGAACAUUUUACGGCUUCUUUAAGGAGGUGGAAAACGAUUUUAGGGGAGGGAAAACCGAUUAUUGUUGAUUAUAACGUUUUUAAAUUAGCUCCAAGUAAUCUUAAAAACGUUAUUUUAAACAGCGUUGCUUUAUUAGACGUUCAAUUGCAUGUUGAAUUAGGGGUUGAUGCAUUAUCGAAAGAAAUCGCGUCUUUACUAAAUGGUACUUUAUUCUCAACGCAAUGGGCGCCAUGGAUUCAUUGGAACAUGGGAAAUGUGAAUUCAAUUCGUUUAGCGAAUCGGCUAAAUCAUAGUAAUGGGACUUUGGGCGCGAGUCUUCUCCAAAUGAUGUUACCUGGGACAUCUUCGAUUUUUUACGGCGAUGAGAUUGGGAUUAAACAACUUUCCGAUCCACAUGGUGAAAGAAAAGAUUUAGAAAAUCUCCAUCAAUUAGCCGCGAUGCUUUGGGAACACCCAGAUGUUAAAUUUACAAGGAAAGAAGUUCUUCCUUGGAUGCACGGAGAUCCCAUUGAAGUGAAUUUUCGCCAAUUUGAUUUAGUUACUAAAAUGGUUCAAUUAAGGGAGGAUUCGCCUUCGAUUUAUAUGAGAAGCGUUUUUAAAGACGGUGUUAGCAAACCGAACGCGGAAAUUAAAUACUUUCAAAACGAUUUGGUUGUUAUUCAAAGAUGGUAUCCGAGGAGAAAGAAUUUCGUUGUUGUUAGUAAUCUUGGAACUAAUCAUCGAUCUGGGGAUUUAUCAAAGAGUUUGUAUGGGGGCGAAAUCGUUGUUGGGCCUUCAACCAAUUCGAAAAUUGAAAGCGUCUCGUUCAAAUCGAUUUCUUUAUCGCCGGGGGAAUCAGUUGUUGUUGUUUUAAAUUAAAAGAGAAUUUUUGUGAAAUAAAUAUUGUAAUAAUCAUAAAAAUAAAAUGAUUUGAA